UGUCUGACUCUGUUGUGUAGCUAAGCGUGAAGAUGUCGGCUGACGGAGCCUCGGGUACCGAUUCUAACUCGGACCUGAACACAUGGACCCACUCUGAGUUACAGAGCAAACUGGCUGAGAUUGGCGCUCCUGUUCUGGGUCCAAGAGAAGAGUUAAUCGACAGAUUAAAAACCUACAUGAUGCAGACGGGGGUGAUCUUAAAUAAACCCAACAUGCAGAGUGGAGAUGACAAGCCCAUGAACAAGAUGCCACCAGGUUUGCCUCCAAUGCCCCCGAUGCCCUCCAUGCCUCUGCCUCCUGGCAUGAGCAUGCUACAGCCGAUGGCCAUGAUGGGAGGACCCCCUCCUGGAAUACAUUUAGGCAUGAAUCCACCAAGCAUGGCACAGGAUCCAGCCAAUAUGGUAAUGCAGCAAGAUGACCGAGGUAGCCAGGGCGAAUCCAGAGUCCUGGGUGAGCAGGUGCUUCUUGACCAGCAGAAACGAGCAGCACAGCUACUGGACCACGAGAGGCAGCAGGAUCUGAGUAAGAUGCCGACAGGACCACCAGGAAUCAGAAUGCCAGAUCCCGGACCUUCAGCUAAGCUGUUGCCUCCUAUUGUUCCUCUCAGAGCCUUGUCUAGUGGGCCACCCCCUCCAGGCGUUCCCAUGGUAUUACUGAGUAAUCAGAGACAAAGAGUACCACCUCCACCUGGAGACGAUGCUAGAGAGGUCUGGCAGGGCGAGGAUGUCGGCCUUGGUCCAAAGAUCCCUCAGGCUCUGGAGAAGAUCCUGCAGCUGAAAGAGAUCAGACAGGAGCAGCUCACUACAGCCCCUACUGAAGAGGAAGAGAACGAUGUUCCAGAUUUGGAUUUGAACAGCUCUCGUACAUACUCGGACGAGGAUGAAGGCACACUUUCCAAAAAAGAUAAAAGCCGCAGACGCAGGAACCGAAAAAAGAAAAACAAGAAAAAGAGCAACCAGGAAAAGAACGAACAAGCUGAGAGCAAAAAGCCUGAGUCAGAGAAGGAUAAAGACAAAGAGCCCGAAGUGGAGAUCGAGUAUGUCACAGAGGAGCCGGAGAUCUAUGACCCCAACUUUAUUUUCUUCAAGAGAAUCUUCGAAGCUUUUAAGCUGACAGAUGAAGUGAAGAAAGAGAAGGAGAAGGAGCCAGAGAAACCAGAAAAGCCCGAACUGUCCAUGUACAAGAAGAAAUUUUUUGAGGAAAAGAAAGACAGUGAUGACAGCGACGAGGAAGCCAGGCCAGAUGUUCCAAAACUUUCUAAAAAGAAGCUGAGAAGGAUGAACAGACUGACAGUAGCUGAGCUCAAACAGUUGGUGGUGCGUCCAGACGUAGUGGAGAUGCAUGACGUGACUGCACAGGAACCCAAGUUGCUGGUGCACCUGAAGGCCACCAGAAACACAGUGCCUGUACCACGACACUGGUGCUUUAAGAGAAAGUAUUUACAGGGCAAGAGAGGUAUUGAGAAGGCGCCCUUCGAGCUGCCAGAGUUCAUCAGACGUACAGGCAUCCAGGAGAUGAGAGAAGCUCUACAGGAAAAGGAGGAUGCCAAGACAAUGAAGACCAAAAUGCGAGAGAAAGUCCGGCCAAAGAUGGGCAAAAUCGACAUCGACUACCAGAAGCUCCAUGAUGCUUUCUUCAAGUGGCAAAUCAAACCAAAGCUCACUAUUCAUGGAGACCUGUACUAUGAGGGUAAAGAGUUUGAGACACGACUGAAGGAGAAGAAGCCUGGAGACUUGUCUGAUGAGCUGAGGCUUGCUCUGGGCAUGCCGACCGGCCCGAACUCGCACAAGGUUCCUCCUCCAUGGCUGAUUGCUAUGCAGAGAUACGGUCCUCCCCCAUCUUAUCCCAACCUCAAGAUCCCUGGCCUGAACGCCCCAAUUCCUGACAACUGUUCGUUUGGUUAUCAUGCUGGAGGGUGGGGUAAGCCUCCCGUCGAUGAGACUGGAAAACCUCUGUAUGGUGAUGUGUUUGGAACCAAUGCAGUUGACUUCCAGGCCAAAACUGAGGAGGAGGAGGUAGACCGAACACCAUGGGGUGAAUUGGAGGCAUCUGAUGAAGAGUCUUCAGAAGAAGAAGAGGAAGAGGAGAGUGAUGAGGACAAACCAGAUGAGUCUGGUUUCUUCACACCUGCCGACAGUGGUUUAAUCACUCCUGGUGGCUUCUCAUCUGUCCCUGCUGGCAUGGAGACUCCAGAACUGAUUGAACUCAGGAAGAAGAAGAUUGAAGAGGCGAUGGACGGGAACGAAACUCCUCAGUUAUACACAGUGCUUCCAGAGAGAAGAACAGGUCCAGUGGGAGCAGCCAUGAUGGCAUCCACACACAUCUACGACAUGUCAGCGGCGGGAGCAGGCCGAAAGGUUGGCGGGGUUUCUGGAUUGGGUGGAGACUCCCAAGGUGUAGAGGUGGCUCUGGCCCCAGAGGAGUUGGAGCUUGACCCCAUGGCUAUGACGCAGAAGUAUGAGGAGCACGUGCGUGAGCAACAAGCUCAGGUUGAGAAAGAGGACUUCAGCGACAUGGUGGCUGAGCAUGCUGCCAAACAGAAGCAAAAGAAGAGGAAGGGCCAGCCACAGGACACACGUUCCGGAGCCAAGAAAUACAAGGAGUUCAAGUUUUAAAGAGAGGCGUGAGACUACACAUUCUGGUUUUGUUAGUAUACUGAGCUCUGUAGAAAGGUGGGCAUGUAAGCCGAAGCUGAUGAGAAACUAUUUUGCAUUUUUUCCCCACAAUGUUUUUUGUAAAUAAAAUAUAAAUCCAUGCCGUUUUA